CAAUUCCCUUUGCGCAUGAAUCUUUAACUCCCCCAUCUUCAAGGCCCCCCCCCCAUUUUCUUGGAUACCAACUGAAUCAUUCUCUUUAGUUGGUAUCCCUUAGUUUCUUGGCUCGAGGAUUGAUCAGCAAGUGUUGUUACUUGGAGCUCAAGUCACUGGGAAAAAAAACAAAGAUGGUGGGGGCUUUGUCUUUUGUGGGUUCAUCGGUUAUGAUGGAUUCUCAGACCGGUCCUUAUUUGUGCUUGGAUGCAUGGCCAUCCACCAAUAUGAACCUCAAUCCGGGUGGGGAGUUGGUCUUGCAAAGAAGGAAUUCGAUGAAAAUAACGCUAACCACGGUAAAACCGGGGUCGCUUGAAUUACGCAGCUCUUUUGUAAAUUCAUGGCAUGACUCGAGGUCGUCUUACAAGAUGAUUCCGUGUGCCGUGAACAUGAUGAGUUCAAGGUGGCAGCGUAAGGAUCGAAAACUCGUGGUCGUCGACAAUCUAGGAGGGCAGUAUGAAGAUACUUUUGGGGACGUUAAAAGGCAAUUACUCAACUAUUUCACGUACAAAGCAGUGAGGACUGUUCUGAAUCAGCUCUAUGAGAUGAAUCCACCACAAUAUACAUGGUUCUAUCAGUUUGCUGCAGCAAAUAAGCCCACUGAUGGCAAGCGUUUCUUACGUAUCCUUGGCAAGGAGAGGCAAGAGCUUGCUGAAAGAGUGAUGAUAACAAGGCUUCAUUUGUAUGGGAAAUGGAUUAAGAUAUGUGAUCAUGCUCAAAUAUACAAGGAGAUUUCCGACGAGAACUUGGAACUGAUGCGGGAGCGGCUCACGGAGACCGUCGUUUGGCCCUCCGAUGAUACAAACACCGAGAAGAUUGGCUGAGGGAGGGACCCUACUCUAUCUGAUUCCUUUCUCUCUUGUAUUAGCAUUAGGCAUCUUCUGUGUAAAAUCGACAAGUUCAAUGUAUGGUGCCAAAUGAAUGCUGUACAUAAAUACUACCCAUCAUUUCAGAUGGUGCUAAUGGAGGGAACUAAACUUGUGCAUUGAA